AUGGCUCCUCUCUGCGCGCGGCUGUCCUGCCUGUUGCUCCUGCACUGUGCGCUCUGCGCCGCCGCGGGCAGCGGGACUGAAGAGCUGCGCUUCUCAAGAAAACUCAGUGACUAUGGCGUGACAGUGCCCUGCAGCACAGAUUCUCAGGGACGCUUCCUCUCCCAUGUGGUGUCCGGACCAGCGGCAGUCUCCGCAGGGAGUAUGAAGGGGGACGGGCCGCCCUCACCACUGUCACACUCCGGUCGCCUGCGGGUGGCUCGAAGCCCACUGCGCCCUGAAGGCGUGACCCUGAAGCCUGGCAGGGUGGGGCGCUCCUCCCUGUACUUCAAUGUCACUGUGUUUGGGGAGGAACUGCACUUACACCUGCGGCCCAACCGGCGGCUGGUUGUGCCUGGAGCCUCGGUGGAGUGGCAGGAGGAUUUUCAGGAGCUGUUCCGGCAGCCCUUGCAGAGAGAGUGUGUCUACACCGGGGGUGUCACGGGCAUGCCAGGGGCAGCUGUCGCCAUCAGCAACUGUGAUGGAUUGGCCGGCCUCAUCCGUACAGACAGCACCGACUACUUCAUCGAGCCCUUCCAGCGCGGGCAGCAGGAGAUGGAGGCCGGCGGGAGGAAGCAUGUGGUGUACCGGCGGGAAGUCGUCAGGCAGCCACGGACAGAGCCGCUCGGGGACCUUCACAAUGAAGCUUUUGGCCUGGGUGACCUUCCUAAUCUGCUGGGCCUGGUGGGAGACCGGCUAGGAGAAGCAGAGCGGAAGCGGCGACACGCCACGCCGGGCAGCUACAGCAUCGAGGUGCUGCUGGCGGUGGACGACUCGGUGGUGCGCUUCCACGGCAAGGAGCACGUGCAGAACUACGUCCUCACCCUCAUGAAUAUCGUGGAUGAGAUUUACCACGAUGAGUCCCUGGGGGUCCACAUAAACAUCGCCCUUGUCCGCUUGAUCAUGGUUGGCUACCGACAGUCACUGAGCCUGAUCGAGCGUGGGAACCCCUCUCGCAGCCUGGAGCAGGUGUGUCGCUGGGCCCACUCUCAGCAGCGCCAGGACCCUGGCCACGCAGAGCACCACGAUCACGUCGUCUUCCUCACUCGGCAGGACUUCGGACCCUCAGGGUACGCACCUGUCACCGGCAUGUGCCACCCCCUGAGAAGCUGUGCCCUCAACCACGAAGACGGUUUCUCCUCGGCCUUUGUGGUGGCCCAUGAGACCGGCCACGUGCUCGGCAUGGAGCACGACGGCCAGGCCAACGGCUGUGCGGAUGAGACCAGCCUGGGCAGUGUCAUGGCGCCCCUGGUGCAGGCCGCCUUCCACCGCUUCCACUGGUCUCGCUGCAGCAAGCUGGAGCUCAGCCGCUACCUCCCCUCCUACGACUGUCUCCUUGACGAUCCCUUUGCGCCUGCCUGGCCCCAGCCCCCGGAGCUGCCUGGCAUUGACUACUCAAUGGAUGAGCAGUGUCGCUUUGACUUUGGCACCGGGUACCACACCUGCUCGGCGUUCAGGACCUUCGAGGCCUGCAAGCAGCUCUGGUGCAGCCACCCCGACAACCCGUACUUCUGCAAGACCAAGAAGGGGCCCCCGCUGGACGGGACUGAGUGUGCGCCAGGCAAGUGGUGCUUCAAAGGUCACUGCAUCUGGAAGUCGCCGGAGCAGACUUAUGGCCAGGAUGGAGGCUGGAGCUCCUGGACCAAGUUCGGGUCGUGUUCACGGUCCUGUGGGGGCGGGGUUCGAUCCCGUAGCCGGAGCUGUGACAAUCCCACCCCAGCUUACGGAGGCCGCAUGUGCUCAGGGCCCAUGUUCCAGUACCAGAUCUGCAACAGCGAGGAGUGUCCGGGGCCCUAUGAGGACUUCCGGGCCCAGCAGUGUGCCAAGCGCAACUCCUACUAUGUCCACGAGAACGCCAAGCACAACUGGAUCCCCUAUGAGCCGGACGAUGACGCCCAGAAGUGUGAACUAAUCUGCCAGUCAGAGGACACAGGGGACGUGGUCUUCAUGAACCAGGUGGUCCAUGAUGGGACUCGCUGCAGCUACCGGGACCUGUACAGUGUCUGUGCCCGCGGCGAGUGUGUGCCCGUCGGCUGUGACAAGGAAGUGGGGUCCAUGAAGGCAGAUGACAAGUGUGGGGUCUGUGGUGGCGACAACUCCCACUGCAGGACUGUGAAGGGGACACUGGGCAAGGCCUCCAAGCAGGCAGGGGCUCUCAAGCUGGUGCAGAUCCCCGCAGGUGCCAGGCACAUCCAGAUUGAGGAGCUGGAGAAGGUUCCCCACCACAUUGCGGUGAAGAACCAGGUCACAGGCAGCUUCAUCCUCAACCCCAAGGGCAAGGAAGCCACGAGCCGGACCUUCACCGCAAUGGGCCUGGAGUGGGAGUACGCGGUGGAGGAUGCCAAGGAGAGCCUCAAGACCAGCGGGCCCCUGCCCGAAGCCGUCACUGUCCUGGUGCUCCCCCCAGCUGAAAGCGGCCCCCGCAGCAGUCUGGCCUACAAGUACAUCAUCCACGAGGACCUGCUGCCCCUCAUCGGGAGCAACAACGUGCUCCUGGAGGAGACAGACACCUACGAGUGGGCACUCAAGAGCUGGGCGCCCUGCACCAAGGCCUGCGGAGGAGGGAUCCAGUUCACCAAAUACGGCUGCCGGCGCCGACGAGAUCACCACAUGGUCCAGCGGCACCUGUGCGACCACAGGAAGAGGCCCAAGCCGAUCCGCCGACGCUGCAACCAGCACCCGUGCGCCCAGCCAGGGUGGGUGACGGAGGAGUGGGGCACCUGCAGCCGGAGCUGUGGGAAGCUCGGGGUGCAGAGUCGGGGGGUGCAGUGCCUGCUGCCCCUCACCAACGGUACUCACAAGGCCAUGCCGGCCAAGGCCUGCCCCGGGGAGCGGCCUGAGGCCCGUCGGCCCUGCCUCCGCGUGCCCUGUCCACUCCAGUGGAGGACAGGAGCCUGGUCCCAGUGCUCUGUCACCUGCGGAGAGGGCAUCCAGCAGCGGCAGGUGGUGUGCCGGACCAAUGCCAACAGUCUGGGGCAGUGUGAGGGGGCCAAGCCAGAUACGAUCCAGGCCUGCAGCCUGCCCGCCUGCGGAGGAAAUCUCCAGAACUCCACAGUGAAGGCUGACGUCCGGGAACUUGUGACCCCAGAGGGGCAGUGGGUGCCACAGUCUGGGCCUCUGGAUCCCAUCAACAAGAUAUCAUCCACGGAGCUCUGCGUGCGGGACAGGUCCAUCUUCUGCCGGACGGAAGAGCUCAAUCGCUACUGCUCCAUCCCCGGCUUCCACCGGCUGUGCUGCGAGUCCUGCACCAAGAAGGCCUUGAGCCUAGACCCUGGCCUGGCCUCACCACCACCCUUCUCCACUCCUGGGAGCCCCUUCUCAGCACCCGUGGCCCCUCCAGAUGCUGUGGAGCCCUCUAUGGGGCCAACGGGAUCAGACCACCGUCAGCGAGACCAACCCACGCUGCUCCCAGGACCUCUGGGCACAAGUGCCCCCGUGACCCGAAGCUACUUUGCUCCCCAGAAACCAACCCCUACAGCAUUCCGGGGCACUUCCCCGAGUGCCCCCUGGGGCUGGACCGGGGCCCCUACCCCAGCCUCUGAAAACAAAGGGCUGCUCAGGGAAGACCCGAAGCACCCAGGCACCAGCCUUCCCUCCACGGCCCCAGUGACAUGA